GGAUGGAUACAGUGAUCCCUGUUAUCCUUUACAUUUAUGUGUAACCUUACAAGGACCAAAUUAAGAAAACAAAACUCGUCCAUGAGUUGACACAAAGCGGUGCAGGAUUUCCCCACAUGACGUGAACGCAGCAUCAGAUGAUGAGAGUGGGUCAUCAGCUGCAGACAGUCAGGUGUGGCCGGCGGGGAGACAUUCCGACCGGAGCGGUGAUCCAGCAAACGGGACAAAAACAACCUCUACAGCGGAUCUUUAAACAUGACCCCGUGAGAGAAGAACACAAAGUACAACUUAACCACCAAACACCUUUUUUUUAACCUGAGCUGAAGAAGACAGAAGUGAGAGUCCUCAUUGCUUCAGGUAACAGGGAACCGCUGACUUUUCACUGAACCACCAGAGGAACUGAGGUGAAAUCCAGAGAUGAGCUUAAAGGAACUGAGGUGAAAUCCAGAGGUGAGCUUAAAGGAACUGAGGUGAAAUCCAGAGAUGAGCUUAAAGGAACUUCAGCAGAUGUAAGCACGACUGAACGGCAGUGAAAAAGAGGAACAUCUCUGUGACUCGCUCCUUUUUUUAUUUUUUAUUAAGGGAUGAAGUUAAUGAGUGAGUGGUGGAAGAGUUCAGGGCAAUAACUAUGAAAUAAGUGAAUUUAUGAUCAGUUGUCUGUCAGAGCAACAAUCACAAAGUGCCAUCUUCCCCCUCUGAUCAUGAAGCCUCACAUGUGUGCCUUCAGUGUUUAAAAGCAUAGACAUCUGUGAAGACGCUUCAUUCACUGUGGGACUGUGUCCAAAGGAGAACGGAGGGAGUGUCCACGCUGCACUGACACAACUGUGAAUGUGAAAAAUCAGCGAGCGUGUGUAAAAAUCGACGAGUCGUCACAAGUUGGAAAUCCCCUUCUGGAGUGUCAUUGGGUGGAACUGGAACUAAAGUGGAACCUUGCGGCCGCUCGCAGCCAUCGAGCAAGAAUCAUGAAUGAAAGAAAUCCCCAGUAACGCUUCGUUUUCUGCCGGCUGCUGUGGUUUCACUGUGAGAAUGACGUGAACGUCUGCUCUGAAACUUAAAAGGGAUAAACCAAAAAAACUACAAAGUGCAGAAAUUCAACUGGAAUGUCCUGUUAUUGGCACGGGAAUGCCUGUGAUUUUUGGACAAACUCUUGUGCUACUCUGAGCUCAUAGCAUUGGAAGGUGGAGAAAAACCAAAAUCACUGGGGGGAUCAGGAAUAUCACCUCCUCCUAUGAAACUGAUUCUACUGGGAAAUACAGUAAGAGGCCUUCCAAAUGGCAGGGAAGGACUACAAUCAUCUCUUUAAGCUGCUCAUCAUUGGAGACUCCAAUGUGGGGAAAAGCAGCCUUCUGCUCCGCUUUGCAGACAACUCCUUCUCUGGCAGCUACAUCACCACCAUCGGCGUGGACUUUAAGAUCCGAACAGUGGACAUCGAUGGAGAGCGGGUCAAGCUGCAGAUCUGGGACACGGCGGGUCAGGAGAGAUUCAGAACCAUCACAUCAACGUACUACCGGAACACCCAUGGUGUCAUUAUUGUUUACGACGUGACAAAUCCAGAGUCCUUUGUAAAUGUUAAGAGGUGGUUAAAUGAAAUCUCCCAGAACUGUGACAACGUCUGCAAGAUCAUGGUGGGAAACAAAAAUGACGACCCUUCCAGGAAACAGGUGGAUACCCAGGAUGCUGUGCAUUUUGGGGAGUCGAUGGGGGUUCGGGUGUUCGAGACCAGUGCCAAAGAGAACAUUAACGUAGAAGAGAUGUUCAUGGCCUUCACCCACAUGGUGCUCCGUGCCAAGAAGCAGAGCCAGAACAGAGCGGAGAGGGAGCGAGAGCGGGAGAAGGACACGGUCAACAUCAACGCCCACAGAGACAGAGACCGCAGGAAGAGAGGGAAGAAAUGCUGCUGAGCCUCCGUACCGACUGCAGCCUCUGUGCUCACCGCUUACUCACAGAAAGCAUUCAAACAAGAUAGGGGAAAGGUGCCUUAGUUAGGAGACGAGUGUUCUGUGUUUCAAACUGCAGGUGUGAAUGUUUGAGGCCGGUCAUUAUUUACUACUCCGAGUUCCAAACCGACAGGCUGCAGGUCGUUCUGCUGAACUGCUGGUCGAGAAUGGAACCGAGGGGCUUACAGUCCGUCAGCACUGACUGUGUGUAGCAGCCUGGAGGUUGCGUGAGUUAAAGGAUCAUUCUGGUGUUUUUGGAGUUAUUAGCCCAUUUACUACGAAUCACAUUUUAAAAAGCCCGCUGUAGUGAUGGAGAGGUUGGUUGGUCUCUUCAUGAUAUCUCAUGACCUCUGGUGGAAACGCUCUUCAUGAUUCCUCAUGUUUUCAGUGACUCUUGGCCUUUUCAUUAUGCAAAAAUAUACAUCUAUCCGACAGGUUGCCAUGAAAUUUGGAGCACAUGUACAUACACUUUUGAUUUGAAAGAGUUCAUGAGCUUAUAGCCCAACUUUCUACUAUAGGGUUCUAAGAAUGAUGAAUUAUUAUUGUUUGUCACAGGUAACAACUGGCAAAUGGUAAGAAAAGUGCCUGUCACAAUUUCCAAGGUGAUGCCAACAGGUGUUUUGUUUUUUGUCCAAAACCCAAAGACAUUUAGGUCGAGACAUUUCAACUCUAGUUUCCACAAGUUAUUGUAAUGUGCUGUGGAUGUUCAUGUUUGUCAGAGGAUGAAUCAUAAUAGUUUUGGCAACCUCCAGCUUUUGCUUCGUUGCUGGCAUUAAAUUAAACUUUCCACUUGCACAAUAAAUCUUAUAAUUAAUAGGAGGUGCAAUGAAAUUCUGUGAGCCUUUUCCUCCCCAGAGGAUGAACCUUGUGACCUUUCCUUUAGGACAAACGUCUAUCAGCCACUGUUUCAACUUCUUAAACAUGACACCUGGCUUCACAGAACAUGAUGCACCUGUGAAAAUCCUGCACUUAAUUUCCACAAAGAAGAAACAUAAUGUAAAGUCAGAGCAGACGUGAUGUAAACCAAAUUAACUUUGAUUUUAAUACUGUAGUAAUACAAAUAGGAAAUGGCUGGUGUCUGUAAAGUUGAUAAAAUACAUUCAUGAAUCAAAAAUAAUCUGAGAUAUGAAGUGUAUGUGGUUGUGGUGAAUGAGCUGAAACAUACUAAACCUCUGGUACGGUCCUUUAACUUUGCACUAGUGAACCACUGUCAUGUGCCGAUGUUUUAGUCGUUUACUUUUUCUUAAUACAGUAAAGGAAUUUUACCACUGAAAGGGAACUGGUAGCAGUUUGUUACUAAAAUGUAACCCUGACGCAUUAACGUGAUGAGUUCAGUCCAACGUCUGUUUGUCUGCCUUAUUUCAGUUAGAAUGAGGCCAGUAAUCAGGACUACAGUGUGUCUGUGUGUGACCUUGACAAAAUGGUCAUUAGUAUGUCUGUUCGUUUUUUUAAUAUAAAUCUCUGUUGCCUAGCAAAUGUGUCCAAAUCCAAAUAAAGCAAUAAAUCCA